UUCAACUUCAACUUCAAUCAAAUCGCUGCCCCAACGACAAUUGCAAAGUGUGCCUCUUAAUGCAUUUUAGCCCCAACCACAAACACACAUUCAACUUAACAACAAAACAAAACAAAAAAGAAGUUGAAAUAAAUUUACAUAAAUAUUUCACUUGCCAGUUUUUGCCAGUCCACGUCCACAUCCACAUCCGCGUUUCAAGAGAUUGAGCCUGGAUAGGCAACAGUGAGUGUGUGCGUGUGAUUCUGUGUGUGUGUGAGUGUCCCGUUUGCAUCUGUAUCUGGAUUCGAUCAGUGCCUUAAACCGUUCAUCGCUCAACCAUCGCAUCGCAUCGCAUCGCCUUGCACCGUAGAUUCUGUCCAGCAGAGAUCUUUCAAGUCUCACCCCGCCCCAAGUGCACUUGCUGGCAUUUCCUGCGCACAGCACACAUUCUUCCUGCUCCGCUUGGGGGAGCCAAAUUAACCAACACUGACAACCAUCUUGGCUUAGCCAACACUCGUCGAAUUAAGGCGCUACUCUGGCGCUUCAGGCUCAACAAAUGAUCGGCACUGAGGAUAUGUCCGCAUCGGCUGGCAUGGAUAUAAGCGAAUCCUUUCGUGCCGAGGAUCUCUCCAAGGCGGACUUCUUCGACUUUGUCACUGGCCCCGACAUGGGCAUCGGCAUUGGUGUGGGCGUCGACUCCUUAGGCGUCAGCCUCCACCAACAGCAGCAGCAGCACCAUCAGCCCCACCAGCAGCAGCAGCAUCACAGUCAGCACAACAGUCACACCGCCAGCCACGUUCAGGUGGUGCACCAGCCAGCCAUCUCCAUCUCCACCCAAUCACCACAGCAGGCCCUGUGCGGCGGUGGUGCGAGAACCAACAGCAGCAUGAUCCAUGAUGGCGGGGGAGGUGUUGCCGGAGGAGGGGUACCCGUUGGCAAUCGAAAUGGCAGCAGCAAUGGAGGGGAUCCCACGUUACAGGGCUAUGAGUUCUGGCACCAGGACAAGGACAACAGUCGCCUCGACUCCACCUCCAUAUUCGAGGACCUGGACCGCUACUGCUGGCAACAGCAGCCGGUCACUGCCAGCGCCGGCAACAGUGGAACCACCAAUACCAACCAGCCCAGUCCCACAUCUCCUCAGUCGCACCACCACCACCAGCAACAGCAGCAGCAACAGCAUCCACAUCCACACCAACAACAACAGCAGCAGCAACAGCAGCAGCCUAAUCCCAGCAGUUCCUCGGCCGCCUCCAGUGGGGCGGGCAGCAGCAGCGACACCAUCAGCAGCCUGGACACCACCGACGGACAGAUCUACACCCUGACAGUAUUAAACGGCGGCGAGCCCUGGCUGAAGCGCUCCGAGGCAGAGCAGCUGCCGAGUUCCCUCGAUCUGGACAGUCUCCUGGGCAGCUUUCCGGGGUACAUCAAGUCGGAGUAUCCGUACGAUGACAGCGGCUUCAGCACAGACGGCAAGGAUGUGAUCGUGAAUGGGGCAGAUGGCAAUGGUCUCAGCAGUAUUUCCCAGGGCCCCCCACAGACGCUGCCCUCGCUCGUUACAGCCAUCUCCAUUGCGGGGGGCAAUGACUUGGGCCAGCAGUUGGCCCAGUUCCAGAACAACAACAACGACUGGCAUAUGGCCGAUCACAAUGCCGACACGGAGCAGAGCACGGCGGAAUCGCUGCUGCGGAGUGCGCUCCAGGGAAAGGGAUACGCCAAAGGUCUGCACAUGCAGAACGGCCUGGCCAUGCCCGUCGUCAAGGAGGAGGACAUGCGCCGGCUGCUCUUCACGGACGAUGCUGCCGAUGCCCUGGGCUUUGCCGACUCCACGCUGAAUGCCGCCCAAAUGUUUGACGAGGCUCAGGGCAUGGCUGGUGUCCAUCUCACAUCCCAGCAGCAGCAGCAGCAGGUGCAACAGCAACAGCAGCAGCACAAUGGCAACGCCAACAUCAUUGUGGACGAUAUGUUCCUGUCGCUGGAGAACGCCUUCAGCGAUGACUUUGAGAAGAUCAAGCGGAUCGCCAACGAGGUGCAGCAGUUCUGCACCGGAGGCUCCUCCACGCCCACUCCAGGCACGGACUACAGCAGUGCCAACGAUGUCCUCAUGCAAAUCUCACCGAAUGCGACGGCAAUCGCGACGGCCAAUCAGCUCCAGCCGCCGCAGCCAUUAAAGCCGGAAGUGAGUACAUCGACACCGCCCACGGGUGGAGCAGCCUCAUCCGAUACUCAUCAUCCUGGCAGAUCUGGCAGCGGCAUCUCAAAGCCCAAGAAGCAGUACAAACGGAGCAGCAGCAGCAGCACCACAAGCAGCAGCAACAACAACAACAACAACAACAAUCCCAAUGUGGCCAACAACAACAGCAGCAGCGGAGGAGGAGGAGGGGGAGCACUGGGCGUGGUCAUGGGCAGCAGUGCGGGAAGUGGCAGCUCCUCCUCCAGCGGCAGUGCCAGCAGCAGCAGCAACAGUCCGCCCGCCAACUCAAGCGGCUCCGGCUCGUCCGCCAGUGGCGCCAGUGGCGGUGGUGGACAGCGGAAGGAGCGCUCCCUGCACUACUGCUCCAUCUGCUCGAAGGGAUUCAAGGACAAGUACUCGGUGAAUGUCCACAUACGCACCCACACGGGCGAGAAGCCCUUCGCCUGCUCCCUGUGCGGCAAGAGCUUCCGGCAGAAGGCACACCUGGCCAAGCACUACCAGACGCACAUGACCCAAAAGAACAAUGGAAACCUGAUCAAGGGCAGCUCCUCCAAGCACCCGAGAUCCAGUGGCGGAUCAUCUGCUGCAGCGGCCGCAGCGGCCGCAGCGACAGCAUCCAUCAACCAGCAGCGUCAGAUGACUCCGUCACUGCCUGGGAUGAUCAGCAAUCCGAACACGCCGCCUGGCAUCCUGCCCCCAGCGAAUGGCCUGCUCACGAAUCGGUAGUUCUACGGCAGAGGUACCCGCAAAACGAAACUAUUUCUUGUUCCUUACUCACAAAAAACACACAUACACCUACACACACACACACACACAACGAUAAAAGCUAAAUGAAAACUACACUACUCGUACAUACUAUAUGCAACUCGAAUACAUACACAUACUCCUGGAGGGAUAUGGGGAACCAUCCACAGUCCACUCCGCCUCGAAUUUAUGUCAUUGAAGAAUUCCUAUAUUCAGCUUUCUGUGCAAUUCCUAUACCUAUACCAACACUCGAAGCACUUCCAAAUAGAAUACUCAACUUAAUGUACAUUUAAUGCCUAAACCAACCACAAAUUAAAUUUAAAUGUGCCAAAUUUUGAAGAUUUUAAUUAAUGCUACUACCAGAUAGAACCUACAAUUAAACUAAAUAGAGAUACAUACGUUAUAGAGAUAUGUAAAUGUAAUCAAGCUAAUGAAGCAAUUCUACGCGUGGUGAUAUCAAAGUGAGGCCAAACGCUUCCCUGCUAAAGGAAAUACUUACCCUACAACGUCCGACAUACAUACACACCUACAUACAUAUAGUACCAUAUAGUACCAUAUUCUCCACAAAACUUCUUCAGACUCCCAAAACGAUGCGUGUUUUUUUCCUGUAAAUUGAAAGUAUUUUGUUUUUCUUAGUUGCAUUGCCCAAAUUAGCAUAAUUUUUGUUUGCUAGUGUAAAUGUAUAUAAUUAAUUAACUAAUUAACUAAUUAUAUCGAAUUAGUUUGUAAAGAGCCAGCUAAGGGAAUGCCAAAUGCUUGAGAUCAAAGUUCAAGAACACUGACCCAGGGCCAGUCUUUAUUUUUCCUGCCACAAACUUUCCAGAAUUUCUCUCCUCCUUCAAGUUUUGAUCUGUUUGAUCUCUUGGGCCCCCAGUGUUCUCGCAGACUUCGAAGAGGCAUUCAUCUUCAGUAGAGGAGGGCACAAGCAUAAUAAUUAUGUAUACAAAUAAAAAAUCUACGCGUUCAAACAGCUGUCAAACGAAUGCGAAAAACUCAACUUGCACUUGCCAUUAUUUUUGUAUUUGAUAAAAACUCGAAUCGUACGACAUAUUAUAAAACAAAUAAUAAUAACAAAAUAGUGCCCCUAAAUGUAUAGAUAACGAGACGGGUAGAGAGAGCGAAGUAAGCGUAGGUUAAGCUUAAACUAAUGGUUAAUUAAACUGCCAAUUAUUUUGUGAUAGUUUUUAAAAAGGAAAUUCCAUUAUAAUAUAUUAUGUAAGUGCAUAUCUUCAAUGGUGUUUGGGUUAUGUAACAUUUAAUCGAUUUGUUAUAAACUGUGUGUAAACUUUUGCAAUACGUGUAGUAUUUUCUCUUCUAAUUUAUUGAAUUUAAUAGUUAUAUGUACAUACAUACGACAGCUAGCGAGCGACGGAGAGAGAGAGGGAGGUCGUUCGAUCCUUGUUUUAUAUUGAAGCCUAGGCUAAGCCACACACAUCAACAAAAAAUCUUAGUUAAAUCUUUGUUAGUUAUUAUUUAUGCACACACACAAACACACACACAGACAAGCACUCGAACACACACACACACAUAUCCA